GGUCGCUGGAUCGCCGUGGCCCAUUGGCCUGCCGCCCGUGCGUCGCCCAUAUCUACCCGGUGCGCGUUUGCGUGCUUUGGACUGCGGCCAUAUUUAGGCCGACCUCGCCCCCCUCCGGCAUGCCCGAUUGCUCUUUCGGCCCGACCCUCCUGCCGACCUCGCCCUUCGCCUAUUCGCUGCAUCUUGUCUGCCUUCCUGCCUCGCCAAGCCUGCGUCAAAGUCGGCCCGUUGUUUCGUCCAGCCCCAAGCCUCUCCCUUCACGUCACCGAUCCCGUCCCGACCCGUCAUGACUGCUCGCAUCCAUUCCGCCUAUAUAACCGUCGCCCCGUUGUCGGCGUCAAAGCAACAUCCCGUCGUCCUCAUCUCGGCCAAUACUCUCUUUGAUGAACCUGAAUCGCUUGGAUCCGAAUCCGAAUCUGAAUCCAAAGCCAUGAACCUGCCAUUCCCCAGUUCCCCCUCGCAAGACUUAUCGCAAGACCUAUCGUCGCAGACCUUGGACAGGACUCUGCCAGCAUCCCUACCCGGAGCCCUUGAGCAGGCGGCUCCAGAACGAGGCCGUCCAGUUGGAGUCCGUCGCCGGUCUCGAUCGCUGACUCCCGAGCGGCCCUCGAUCACUCCCCUGACUCUGUCUGCCCCUGUCGCCCGGACCGACGACCAUCCAGUGUCGAUCAGCGCCCCGCGUCCCUUCUCCGCCUCCGACAUUCUCCUGGCCGAGCAUGGCUUUUCACAGCCCACGAGCCACCUCCCGGUGCGCUAUCCGUUCGACACCGAGCGGCUCAUCUAUCGGAUCUCAUACUUCAAGCUGACCCAACCCAAGCGUCCUGUGCACCAGCGAAGUGCCAUCAUCUCGCUGAUGCUGCACGCCCUUGCUGUCCAUCCCGGCAUCGAGCUGGGCGAGUGGCAGUCGGGCUCGCAACAUGCCUUCCGAAUCUAUGCUCCUCCGAUCCGAACAACUCUCCACGACCGCCAGGUUCGACCGGCACUACGGCUCUCAAGCGCCCGCUUCCGCCGCGAGCUUGUCGGCAUCAAUGCAGAGGCUCAGGCUCUGGAGCGCUAUGUCUCUGCACCUGCUCCCGAUGGCUCCGCCGCCCUGGCCGCCCCGACUGCAUCCACCACUACCUCCAGCUCCAUCACCACCACCUCAGCCACCACCCUGGCUGUCUCGGCCAUGCCUGCCCCUUCCUCGGUUCUUGGACGCCGGCUUUCUCGCCUGCGCGUGAGCGUCUCCAGCAACACUCUAGAAUUCGACACCACAGCGAACCUGGCCGAGCCCACGCGGACAUCGUCCGUCAACUGUCUCGCCAGAGUCCCGCAGCCCGUGCAGGCUCCAAAGCGCAAGAUCUUUGCCACCGCCGAGGAUUUCAUUGGCGGCUCGGUCCCGCGAACAGCGGCGCUCUACGAGAUCCCCAUCCUCGUGGUCACGCCGCCGACCGAGUCUCAGUUUGUCGGGCCUGCUGCUUCGACCAGCACCGAGGCUGGCUUGGUAUCUGAACCCAAGGUCGGCUCGAGUCUUGCCACAGCCGCCAUUGUCUCCACCAGCCUGACCAGUCCGAUAGGCCCAGCCGGGCCAGCAAACCCAACGUCGACGUCAACGCUAGCGUCGACAUCGAUAGCGACAGAAUCGACAGAUCGGGUGAUCCCAGUCCGCCACACAACCGCUCGUUCCCGACGGAGCGGCGCUGUGGCAGAAGAGGACGAUACUGAUGGCUCGUCUGCCACCCGGCCCGCAGCCAACGACCUCGAGAACCAUCCCACCAGCAGCGGCCGCAACUUUUUGAGAAAACUCAAGCUGUUCCAUAACUUUACUGCCAACACGAACCUGCGCAGCGACGUCAUGCUCUAGAAAGCACAAUCGUGGAGAUGUCUGUGUUCUUGAACGCCGCUCCCAAAGCUCCUUCCUCCGUUCCUCCCACCACAGGGUUGUGUCUUGCGCUCUCAGUCGUCCCUCACGCACUACCCAGGGUCGCUUUCGCCGUCGCCCUUCGUUUGCUGGCCAUUCCAAACCAUGUAUCAUACUCUCCUUCCUCUCAAUACAGGUUUUUGUUUUUGGUUUCCA